UUUCUGUUUCACCUUCCCUCCAUUUUCUACUCUUGGUUGAACCAUGGUUGAAUCCGGUGAAUCCAGAUCUUUGGAGUACACACCAACAUGGAUUGUAGCCGUUAUUUGCUCCAUCAUUGUUCUCAUCUCCCUACUUGCGGAACGUGGCCUUCAUCAUCUUGGCAAGUGGUUAAAGCAAAGAGGUCAAGACGCGCUUUACGAGGCCUUGCAAAAACUUCAAGAAGAACUGAUGUUAUUGGGAUUCAUAUCGUUAUUAUUGACGGUUUCUCAAAAUACGAUAAGCAAAAUUUGUAUACCACCACAUCUCGCCAAUUACAUGCUUCCUUGCAAAAGAAAAGAAGAAACUCCUUCCAAAACCGGACACUUAAACUUUCAUUUUGGGAGACAUCUUCUAGCCAAAGACAUUGGUACACAACAUUGUGGAAGUCAGGGAAAGGUGCCAUUGGUGUCAUUAGAAGGACUCCAUCAGCUUCAUAUCUUUAUAUUCGUUCUAGCAGUUGUACAUGUCAUCUUCUGUGCCACUACCAUGGCCCUUGGAGUUGCUAAAAUACAAGAGUGGAAGCAUUGGGAGAACUCAAUCCACCCCAAAAAUGGUCAUGUUCAUCUUCAUCAUCGACAAUUCUUCACACAACGUACUAUGGGGCAUUACAGAAAAAAGCCAGUAAUUAGAUGGAUCGUAUCAUUUUUCAAGCAAUUCUAUGGAUCAGUGACCAAGUCCGAUUACAUUGCACUUCGAUCAGGAUUCAUAAGGGAACAUUGUCCAGGUAACCCAAAUUAUAAUUUUCACAAAUACCUGUUACGAACACUAGAGCUUGAUUAUAAAAGAAUCGUGGGCAUAAGUUGGUACUUGUGGCUCUUUGUUGUGAUAUUUUUGCUUCUCAACAUUAGUGGUUGGCACACAUACUUUUGGUUGUCAUUUUUGCCCAUUAUUCUUCUACUCCUUGUCGGUGCUCAUCUAGAACACAUCAUUACAAUCUUGGCAAGGGAUGUUGUUGAGAAAGGCGCGGAUGCAGUGAAACCUUCAGACGACCAUUUUUGGUUCAAUAACCCUAUGAUCAUCAUUUACUUGAUUCACUUCAUCUUGUUUCAAAAUGCUUUUGAGAUAGGCUUCUUUUUCUGGGUUUGGACUACGUAUGGAUUUGACUCAUGUGUCAUGGAUAAAGUGGGCUACAUUGUCACUAAACUUGUUCUUGGGGCAAUUGUUCAAGUGCUUUGCAGUUAUAGCACAUUACCCUUAUAUGCAAUUGUAUCCCAGAUGGGAAGCAUGUUUAAACCAAGCUUAUUCGAACAGUUUGCACUUGACCUCAUUUCCGAUUGGGUGGGAGACAGAUCAAAUGUUGCAAGCAGUCAUUCCUAUGGAUUACAAAAUCAACCACAAUUGACUGAUGAAAUAGUAACAACCGAUCAACGAACUACAACCUCAGUUGUAGAGCUCUCGAGCCUAACUCCAAUUCCAGAACAAGAUCUUGAUAAAGGCUGCAAUGGCAUUGAUGACAAAAAGGCUUCCUUACUAAUGAUGAACUUCACUAUUGAGGAAGUCGAGUUUGCAAUGAACAAACUUGGUGAAGAUGCUCCUGUGAACGAACUUGUAGAUUUCAUCUUUGCUGCUCAGUUAGCUAAUGCAGAUGAUAAAAGAAUCAGUGUUGAAUUUCAGAAAAAGGAUAUGCUUAUUGUAAUUGCAGAAAAACUAUGGAGUGGGCUUGAACAUUUUGUCUUUGAUUGGUUUAUCAAUGCUGACAGGGUUGUAAGUCAGGUUGAAUAUCCUUUGUUGGCUAAUUUGAGGGGGCUCCUUCUAGACCUAGUUGCACAGCUUGUGGGUGCUCUAUCACAGAUGAGGGUAGUUGGAAAGGGUUGCAAGUUAGUUGGAUGUGGUACUGCUGUACCUAUUCUUGAAGUUUCUAAUGAUGAUCUUUCUAACAUUGUUAACACAAAUGAUGAAUGGAUAUCUGUUUGA